UUCAAUAAAGACAACAUUCAUUUGCAUCAGCAGCACAGACUGAAAUGUAGCAGCCAAUCAAGGAUGUUGUGAGCAGCAGAAAUAAAUAAAACAAAAGAAAAUUAUGACGGGACAUGGGAUUGGAUGUUGGUCUAUUUUCGGAGCUACAGAUGUUUUUCCUAAACAUGGGGUAUUUAUUCUGUGAAGGCUGAAAUUGUACCAUGAAGAUAGUUGAUAGCUCUGUUAAGGAAGAAAAGAUGGAGCUUGAAGUGGGUAAAUGGGAUAAAUUGAAAACUUGGGAUAAGGUGCAGGGAGACAUUGAUGAAAUGCUGAAAAAUGUGGAGAAAUUUGAUGACAGUAUGACCCUAUACUAUGGGCCACAGCUUUAUCAUACCUUACGACAUCCAGCUCACAUCAAAUGUAUGACACAUUUUACCUCCAACAUAGGAGAGAAUUUUGUGUCUCACUACAGACUUGGUACUCAGGAUCAGCUUGGUGUAUGGACCCUGAAAUCAGUGGAGCGUGGAGCCAAAUGUGAAAACCAAAGGUUUAACAUCACUGGUGAAGUAAAGGCUUUCCUAUUUAUUCCUAAACACAGGGCUUACAUGUGCUUUUGUUCUGAUCUGGUAAUGAGAAUGUACACUGAUGCCCACUCAAACUGUACCGAAUCAUGGUCUCAACAAUGUCUGACCACUGUCCGAUGCAUGGCCUACAACAGAGAGACAGAUGAUGUAUAUGUCGGAGGUGUUGGUGUUCUACAGAAAUGGAAGAUCAGUGGAGCAGAGCAUUCAGCCAAAGCUGAACCUGGAGACAUCUUUAACACAGAUUUACAAAAUGAUGAGUGGGUGAUAGACAUCAAAGUGGAUACAAGGAAUAAACAGUUAAUGGCCGUCACCUACGAAGGAAUAUAUGUCGUCAACUAUGAGACUAUGAGACAGACCCAUCACUUGGAGAACAGACAUGGGAAUUCUUUAAGAUGCUGUUGUUUCUAUAAAGACCGAGAAUACUUUAUCACUGGAGGAGGUGAUGGAGCCAUCAAGGUCUGGAAUGCUGUUGUAUUUACUCAGGUCCAUGUGUUUUAUGGUCACCAUGAUGUCAUAACAGCGCUGCAGACCCACAAGACAGACCCUUUGUUAUUCUCCUCCUCAUUAGAUGGUAGUGUACAAAUAUGGAGAAUGGAUAAUUUUUCAAAGUUCAUGAGAUUAGAUCUAGGAGACAAGAUAUACAGCAUGAAGCUUAUUGGUGAUGAAGAAUUCUACUGUCAGACAGAAAACCAGAUCAAAAUCUAUAGUCUCAAUCAGUUUUAUAACCUCUUUGCUCCAGUAGAAUCAUCUGUUUACAAGUUACAGCUAAGUUCAGGAGUUAAAGGUCAUCCUAGCAGGAUCAUUGCAUCUACAGAGGACGGUUCUGUGAGAUUGUUUUCUCCUGUUACCGGGGCAACACUGACUAUUAUCUAUCCUAUGCCAACUUUUCAGGUACUUUCAUGCUUUGCUUAUAGUCGGGAGAAAAACAGACUUCACUCAGUAUUACAGAAUGGAGAAGUGUUGUUAUUUAAUUGUGACACCAACCCCUGUAGAGCUGUAGAAGUUUGGAUCCCACAAACAACUGACGAAGAAGUCUUACAGAUUGUACAGUUAACUCUUGCUUAUGAGAAGGAAGAGGUCAUGGUCACAGAUACAGUUAUUCUGGGAGGGAUGCGUAAUGGUCAGAUUUGCCUGUUGGAAGCUGAACAGUGUGUGAUGAUAAAAAAUGUCCAAGCCCAUGUCGGCACUAUCACCUGUAUGGAAGGGGCUACAGAUAUUGGUGUGACCGGUUUCAAACUACUUGAGACCAAUAGGAAAAUGGCAACCGGUGGAGACGAUCUAUUCAUCAAAAUCUGGGAGAUUGGUGUCAAAGCUAAUGAAUUGUUUGAUAGUAUAUUUAUACAGCUUUUGAUAAAGAUACCUUGUGUUGGAAUGCCAGAGCACAUUUGUAUGUAUGAGAACACAAUUAGUGUGUCCACAUCUGAUGAUUCAGACAAGGGGAAGUUACAUAUGUAUAGAUUAGAUGGGCAGGAAAGUAAAGAAAUACAGAUUACAACACUUCAACAUACACAGGACGAAGAUCACACUGAACAUAUAACCGCAAUUGAUAAAUGCCCUCUGCUGGGACUGUUUGCUACUGCUAGUGAAGAUGGUUAUAUUAAGAUUUGGAAUCGUCACAACCAGUUGAUCCGUGAGAUGGGUUUUGGUGAACCUAUGCAUGGUCUGUGUUUUGCUAAUGUAAGAGGAGAUAUAUUGAUAGGAUUUCAAAACCAUAUCUGUACCAUUCCAUUGACAAGUUACUUCCCAAAGAAUUACUUAGAAAGAAUUACAAGACAAGAGUUCAAGGAUGAAGUCAGAGAAAAACCUUUAGCUUACAACCAUAGAAUCAAACCUUGGUUUGAUCCACAAGCCUUGCCAAAGUUUUCCCUAUCGCUCACAAAAAGGACAGAAGAGAAGAAACCUGUUGAAAAAGAAGAUAUUUUAGAAGAUUUGGAAUUAUCCCCUAGGGUACCUCCUUGUAAUCCUGAUAUUAAAAUUGAAGAAGUUAUUGUGAAGCAGGAUUUUAUAGAAAUACCAGCUGUAACUAAAAGUUUUCAGGCAUCGUAUGUAAAAGAAGUUCAAAAGGAAAGUCAUAAAAAAGAAGAAAAGAUAGCAAGACACACUGGAAAGAAAGACGAAGAGGAUUCAGUAUUUGAUAGAGGUUAUUCAGCUCCGGCACCUGUACCUGCUAAAAGGAUGAGGAUAGAAAAAGCAAGGGAAGAGAGAAGAAAGAGUGAUACACUGUACUAUGAGAAGCUAUCCCAAUGGGAACGUGACUUGUUCAACCGAAAGCCAAUAAUAGCACCAGACGGUUACAUUCCAAACUCUGCUGUGAGGAAAGAGCUAGGCUACGUAGCUCCAUCAUCACCACUUAGAAAGAAGAAAGAUACAUGGACUAUACAAUCUAUAAAGGUACCAGCGCCUCCAGUUACAAAGACACAAGAAGAACAGGCAGAAGAGGACCAUCAUUGGGAAGAGGUUAAAGCCAGGUAUCUGAAAUUCUUGGAUGAAAACAGUGAGGAUGACAAAGUCUCCUCUUCAGAUGAGAGUGAAUUAGAGGGAGAUAACUCUCGACAAGGAGGUGCUGGCUCUAGACCUCGUAAUGUUGGCAGAGGUCGUGGCAAGAAGAAGGUCAGGGUUGUUGACAGUGACGACGAUGACAUUGAGUUUGAUGAUAGCGAGCCAGUGGAAGAUACUGAUAUCUUUCCACCUGGUUACGAGGCUGAGAUCGGUCAGGAUUUUGUCGGAGGUCCAUACUCUUUGUUAAGGGCUGGCUCUGAUUUGAAGGAUUUCCGUCCAUUAAGUUGGGGAGACAAUGACGACGGAAGAAGAUCAACCAAUAGUACGACUCCGUGGAGGAAGAUGUCAAACUUUAUCAGGGCCAGUUCUACUCUAUCUAAUCAGUCAACAUCCUCCUCCAAACGAGGACUUAAAGAGAGGAGACGGUCAACACCCACUACUCCAAAAUAUGAUUUAAAGUCUAAGAAGUUUGAUUUGCACCGACUAGAUUUAGAUAUGGGUACCCCCGACAGGAUGAGGAGGUCAUUAGGGACCAAGAGUCGAGAGAGGACUAAAUCAUCAUUUAGACUGACCAAUAUGGUGGUAGAUGAACAAUCAACCAAUGUCACUUUUAAGGAUGACAGUAAGUCAGGUCACAGGAAAGGCAUGUUACCAGCUGUAGAUAUGGAUGUAAUUCGCCAACUGAUGGAUGACCUUUUACCUGAUUUACAUGGCACAGCCUCGUUUGAUUCCAUCCUCCAGAAUCUAAUCAGAAUGUUGGAUACAGAAGACGAGGAUCUCCAUAAAAAGAUCUGUGAUUACAUCAGUUCUAUACAUAGGGAUAUAGGUAUACAGGACCAUUACCUAGACAGAAUUAUCAGUAAAUUGUCUGUACAGCUAAGUGGAGAUAACCAUUCAUUUAAAAUGGAUGCAUUGAGUACCCUGAAGGUGAUCGGUGUUGACAGACAAGAUGUUCUAGCUAUUAUACUACCAAGACUCAUAGACUCUCAGGAGGACAUAAGAGAGCAGGCUAAGGAAGUGUUAGCAGCAUUGUGUGGGGUGGUGAAUAAAGAUGAAUUACUUGAACUGAUGAACUCAAUGGGAAUGACAAAACAGUUUGAUACCAAGGAGGCAGAGGAAGAAGCCUUGAAGGAGCUAGCCAUGAGGUUAGAUGUUCCCUACAGAUCUGAUAGUUUUGCUGACUGGAUCAAUAACUGGGUUGAUGAUACAUCUUCAUUGUAUGAUCAUGAUGAUAGUGAACCAGAGGUCAAAUUGGAUGAUAUAGACAAAGCAUGGGAUGGCAGACAACGUAAAUGGAAACCAGAGUCUCUUUACCUUACUGAAUCAGCCAGUCGAGCUUCCACUAGAAUGAGAGAGUUGUCUUUCCUUAGUAAAGGAUCACGUACUCCUAUUCAGGAACUAGAUGAGAAUGAUGUAGAGCCGUUAAAGAUAGAAGAUCUGGAAAAAAUAAAAACACAAGGACAGUUAUCAGACAGAUCUAGUAGGUCCAGCAAUAGAAGUAGACGGGGUGUCAAAAAUGGUCAGCCAGAAAUAUUAAAUUUGCCUGGACAAGGGUUUCUGGCAAGAGAUGAGCCUAUUUUACACAACAAGGAGGGGACAACUUACAGUGCAGAGGAGGAGGACUUGUUUGAUCCUAGAGAUCCUAGUUUAUACAGAUAUUAUAAAAACAGACAUAUCAAAGAAAGAGAAAAUGAUGGAAAAUUCAAUUAUAAGAACAUGAGUAAAUUAUUCAGCAAAACCCAGCUUGGUGCUGGUGAAGAUACAGAUAGUCAAAUAGGGUCACUGGAUAGCCACAGUCAGAUUGGUGAUACUUUAAGUACCAAUGACUCUGGUAUUAUUAGUAUCCAGGACUCAGGAAUUGGACGUGAUAUGUCUGAUACUUACAGCUACAAGUCUUACAAAGCCAGUCCAUUCCUGUCUAAAGAGAAGGUAGAAGCUAGAGCUGCAUCUUAUAGGCCGCGAGUGGAGUCCCACAGGAAACAUAACCUUUCACCUGUCAAAUCUAGUAGUACCAUUGGAGGAGGUUCAGCAAAGUCAACACCAAGAGAAAAAGAACCAGAUUGGAUGAAGUUUUUCCAGACGCCCACAGCAUUAGAGAGAAAGAGAAUGGAAAUGGUUAAGAGAGAAUACAAUGAAGGAAAGAUGAAACCUGGAUCUGCUCUGGUUGUCAACUACAUCAGUGAAGGCUUGCCCAUGUUGCCUGGCGAGGCAGGGUUAAGACUUCUUAAGUCAGUCAAAGUUGGUAGACACAAGGGUUCUUUACCACCAACAGAAGAAAGACAUCACAUGAUAGAAUCUAUACCUGGAAAACUAGGUGUUCAUACAAAGGAUGAGGACAAGGGACAAUCUAAAUAUGGUAUUUUACAAAUGCAAUGGACAACAGCAAUUCCAGCUCCUGUGUCACGUAAUCAUUAUCCCGAGAGAUAUUCUGCCAUGUCUGGCGUGUCUGAUGCAACCUCUGAACUAGGUGGCAGCACUGUACGGUCGGUCCGAUCAAAAUGUCAUCUGCCUGCCAUUAUAGAAAAGUAUGGAAGAUCUGAAAGGACUGAUACAACUGAGAUGACAGACUUCCCUCAUCUCCCUGGAGGAAUCUAUACUCCUGACUAUAAAUGGGACUAUCCCAUCCCACCACCCCCAGCUAAGGAAUCGCGGAUCAGUAUACCUUACAUAAAGAAAGAGCAUGAGAGAUACUGCAAAUAUUAUACAUUAGUCAAGAAAAAGAUGCAAAAUUACACAUCAAAAACACUGGGAAACCAUACAAUGAAGUCAUCACUUCCGAAAGUAGAAAUAAAGAAAGCCAUUCCAGAGAAGCUUAAGUUACCAAAGGAACUGACUCAUUUAUCACGUGUCUCUAGUGUUUUAUUUCCACCAAUCACCUUAAAUCAGCUCAUGUCUGCACGAUCAUAACACAAUUUUCAAGAAUUAUGAAUGUUAAAUUUUUGUACGAAGAAAAAAUAAGAGUGUCUUAAGUGAUUUACUACGAAUGUUAAUGAAUAAGCUACUAUGUCUGCACAAUCGUAACACAGAUAUUAAAGAAUGUAUAAUUUUUCUAUGAGGACAAAACAAUAGACAAUGUCUGAAGGGAUGUUCUACAAAUGUAAAAGGGCUAUAAGCUUGUGAUAAUUUGCUAACUUUAAAUCUUGAUUGGAUAGAAUGGGAUUUAGAUGAAAGAAAAAAAAUUUCCAGAAAAUAAAGUAGCAGACUUGGUUUUAUUUUUGUGCAGGACACAAACAUUUUUGUGUGACCUUGUAAAUUUCUAUAAGUUGUUAAUAUGAAAAGAACAUUGUUUACUUUAGUAUAGUAUUUUCUUAUAUAUUUUUUUUAAAUUAUUCCUGAUGGUAUUUUUUACAUUAACAUUACCUUUACAUUAUCAUUCCAAAUAUGAAUAUGAUUUAAUAGAAUUAUUUUAAAGAAAAAAGUGCUUACUCACUUAAUAUUGUCUUUGUUUUCACUUAGUUUAUUACCAAUUUUUUUGUUGAGACAAUCAAUACCACAUUACAUAUAUUUGACUGAGGUUAAAGAGAGAUUUAAAGCAAUUAAAUAUCAGUGUUAAGGUCAAAUUGACUCUCACAACAUAAAUUUAUUGAUCAUAUUCAAUUAAAUAUCCCCAAUUUGAAUUCAACUUCUGAACUUGAAUAUUUACAAAUAUAACAAAUAUUACAAAAUAAGUGCUAUAAACCAUUUUUUAAUACCUUUACAAUAUUGUGAUAAUGAUGCAGUAUUUUGUUAUCUUGUUAUUAAUGAUAUUUUGUUUAUAAUUUGUUAAUCAUAAUAAACACAUUUAACUUUGA